GUUGGCGUUCACCACGUGGUCACCCGGAAAAUAAUGCCAACGUGGUGAGAAGAAAGAGAAGCAGCCUGGCUCCUCGCUUUUACCUGAACUGCAUUAAAAAAAUAUAUGUCACGCAAACUUAACUGAUCGAAAUGACUGAAAGUCAAGGAGAAGUACCCCCGAAGACGGCGAAAGAGCUGCUGGCAUUGAAUCCUCAACAAGAGUGUGAGUUCAAGAAGAAAGUACAGGCCGUAAAGAAGAAGUCGAACACGGGGAAUUCUUUGACACCUGGGGUUCUUUAUGUCGGCCAUUUGCCACUUGGACUCUUUGAGCCACAGCUGAGAAAGUACUUUCAACAGUUUGGGACAGUUUUAAGGCUGCGACUGUCCAGGAGUAAAAAGACAGGUGGAAGCAAAGGUUACGCAUUUGUCGAGUUUGAUUGUGACGAGGUAGCCAAGAUCGUAGCAGAGACCAUGAACAAUUACCUGAUGGGAGAAAGACUCAUUAAAUGUCAUGUGAUUCCGCCAGAAAAAGUGCACGAGAAGCUUUUUGCUGACUGUCAGCAGGCCUUUAAGAGACCGUGGAAUCCCGCUGUAGCACGCUACAACAAGGCGCACACAAUUCAGGAGGCCUCCAAGAUAACAGGGAAGCUGCUGCGUAAAGAGAGGAAACUCCGCAAGAGGCUCGCAGGACACGCCAUUGAUUAUGACUUUCCGGGAUUUUCUGCCCAAGUGCCCCAGAAGAAGAAGUCAGAUUCCUUGAAUGCAUCGACAUGCUCCUUGAGUACCUCCACGUGUAGUGACGACACCACACCAAUGUGCACGCCGUCUUUCCUGGAGAGGAGGAAGUCCAUGGUCAGUGAUGACGAUGAGAUAGUCAUCAAGAUGCCUCCUGGAGAGCAAAAUGAGCUAUCCUCUGACGAAGAAGAGAACUGUGAGGAGCCAUCUGAAGGAGAAGAGACUGUCUGAGACUAAGUCUUAGUUUUAUUGUGCGCUUCAGAGACUUCUACUUGGAGGGUUUGUUGUGACAACCCCUCAAAAUUUAAAAAUGGGCCCUCUUAAAAAAAAAAAAACUAAUUGAAGAUUUUCAUAAUCAUGCAAAAACCUGGUAUGUAUGUGAAGAGCAUGCAUGAUGAGGAGUUCAUUGUGUGUUUACAUUUGAGCUGUAUCAUCAGGUGAAACUGAUCGGAGUGUAGUGGUCAGACUUGCUUUAUCAAUUCUCUUUAAUGUCAUAUUAUGUAGUCAAAUAAUAAUCUGAUAUUAAUUCAGGAAGUGACAUGAAUAAUCUUCAGGUGUCUUCAUAUGCACCAAUUAUGAUGAUAUUACCUCGUGGAGUUGAGUUAACGGCCAUCAAAUUUUACCAUACCAUCCACAUCCUAUGGUGUAGGCUAAAAUCCUAUAAACUAUAUAGUCAUCUAGUAUGUGUCUAGGUCGUGUUUUGUCCAAGUACGACUUGUUUUUUGCCUGAAAAUGGCCCACUUGUGAUAUUUUCUUCACUUGUUGUAUGCCAAUUUAGUGAGGAAAUUGUAUUACAAUUGAAUUGUAAUAUAUUACGCCUGAUUAAAGUAUCACAGUUGUUUU